GUCACAGCAAUUGAAAUCAAUAGCUACUACAGAGAGAACGCAUUCAACGGUAAAAGCCCAAAAACUUAAAUACUACCUCAAAAUGAUGAGCCAAACUUUGACACUUUGCUGCCUGGUUCUGGUGGCAGCCGUAUCGGGAAAUACGGUGUCCACUAACGAUACAGCCUGUCCAACUUUCUGUGCCAGCAUCUACAAGCCAGUGUGCGCAACUGAUGGCCAGAACUUCAAGGAGUUUGCCAGCGACUGCAAUCUUUUGUCCCACAACUGUCGCCGCGAAAGGAGCAGCAUGCAGGCCUACGCUGCCACCGAUGCCGCCUGGUGCAGCUCCGAGUUCGUCGAGAAUCUGCGCGAAAAACUGGGCAACUUCAAGCUGGAGGUCCAGGAGUGUUUCAAGCCCUGCUCGAUGAUCUACCAACCGGUGUGCAUCACCAAUGGCAAGUAUCGUGCCGAGCUGGCCAACUCCUGUCUGCUGGAUACCUUCAACUGCGCCCUGCAGUUCUCCGGCGCCCAGCCCGCUGAGCUCUUCCGCCUUUUGCGCGCGGAGAAGUGCUAGACGGGAUCGGUCGUUAAGUCGGAACAAUGCACAGGCGCAUCUCUUGUCCGAAGCAGUCGUCCUUUUGUUUUCAACGAAAAUAUAAUCCUACGAAUUUAUGAGACACGA